AUGAUUGAAAGCUCAGGAAUAAAGGCAUUCAUAGUGGAGUACUUCAUUGAGCAUGUCCGGGAAGAUAUCAGUAGAAUGGCUGUGAACAUACAUUCCACUUUGCAAACGCGCUUCUUGCCCAAUGAGGUUGUUUAUGUUGUAGAUAAGAAGAUUUUCGCAAGAGUUGCUCGGAACCUUGGAAAUGAUUAUACCGUAACGGUGGAUUCUGAGGAGGGAGGGCAUGAAGUGCAAUGUGUGUUUUCGUCACUUGAAAGGAUAAGAAAUGUAACCGAAUGCGAUAUUAGGAUGUAUUUGCUCGGAAUAACUAUGGAGACUGCUUUUGGCCGAGUGCUGAAGAAAGAUGUAUUCAAGAGCAUAAAAGAAGCAAUACAAAUAGAAAAACGCAAAGGCGUUCCAAGUAAGCAGCAAUGUGCAAAUGCAAGCAUGCCUAAAUCGAUUGAAAAGCAUAAGCUAAAAAAUGAAAUGUAUCAGAAGCAAUGCGUGUCUAAAAAGAUCAAGAAAGAGAAGGAUGCAUGCGAAGAAGUGGAUGGUAAAGAGAAAAUGAAGCAACACAAAAAAAGAAGGAGCAAUGAUUUCGAGGAGCUGAUUGGAAAUGGGCUAGACCACGAGUGCAAGUUGAGUUUUGAGUCGGUAGGUGUAAAAGAGAUGAGGCUUGUGAUGAAAGUCUUUUGCUUUAUUGCCAACUUUAAGGAAAUUCUUGGAAUUAGAGGCGUGCUGCUGGAUGAGCUGGUAGAGAUGUUCAAAAAUCAAUCUUAUGAGUCUGAGGCUGUGUCUUCUAUGCAUAUGAAGAUGCUUGAGAUGAUACAAGAAGAUGCUCGUGAUUGCAUGGUUGAGGAUUUUGUGGAAUGCAUCAGGCCGUCUGCGAUGCUGAUAAAGGAAGCAAUGAAGGAGUCGAAAGCCGAUGGAGGCGGGAUGCAUGCAAAUGUAGCGGCAAAAUGGAACGAUAGCAUGAGUAUUGAUGAUAUUGUGAGGUAUGAAUGCAAUUGGAAACAGAAAAUAGCCAUGCUUGUGGAGUUUCUUUCAAGCCACCUGAGAAUGGAUCUAAAAGAGAUAGGAAUACGUGUAUUUGGUUCUGAUGUUUAUGGGAUGAAAGACCAUAAAUGUGGAAUGGUUGAUAGAUUGGUUUUAUUUGAGUUUUUGAUGAACAUGUUUUGUGUAACAAAUGCUUUCAGAAGCAUGAUAUCUGACAGAAUGAAGGCAUUGAAAGAGCUUAAUAAGCAACGGAAAAAGGCACAGGUGUUGAUUAAGAAUACCAAAAAAGCAGAAGAUGCAUGCGUAUUGAAGGGCAAAUCCACAGAGCAGCAGAAUGAAGAUGCAUGCUGCAGCUUGAAUACGCCGGAUUUGCAGCCUAGUGUAUUUAUAAAAGCCGAUCUUGGAAUUAUUAAUGGCAUUCGCUUUUUCGUAGCAGAUGGAAGCAUAUAUGCACAGAACGGCCAAGACUACUACAUCGUGCCAGCUGAUGCGCUAAGUAUGAUGAGCAAUAAAUAUCGUGUGAAAAGUAAAGAUGAGAAGAAUGCGAUGAUUAACAUAUUGCAACACUCGAAGAUAAUGUGA